GGGGAUAAGGAAAUUAAACCCUUUAAGUCAAUGCAUAUUGUGGUGACACCGGCACAGGAGCCCUCACGGUGGAGUCGGCCAGGGCUGUGCGUUCCCAAAAUAUGACCAGGGGUGCUUGGAUGUGUCGGCAGUAUGACGACGGCUUAAAAAUCUGGUUGGCCGCACCCCGGGAGAACGAGAAACCGUUCAUCGAUUCAGAGAGGGCUCAGAAAUGGCGACUGUCUCUGGCAUCUCUCUUGUUUUUCACAGUCCUGCUCUCUGAUCACUUGUGGUUCUGCGCCGAGGCCAAGCUGACCCGGGCCCGGGACAAGGAGCAGCAGCAGCAGCAGCAACAUCAGCAGCAUCAGCAGCAGCAGCGGCAGCAGCAGCAGCGGCAGCGGCAGCAUCAGCAGCAGCAGCAGCAGCGGCAGCGGCAGCAGGAGCCCUCCUGGCCCGCGCUCCUGGCGAGCAUGGGGGAGUCCUCGCCCGCCGCCCAGGCGCACAGACUCCUCUCCGCCUCCUCGUCCCCCACCCUGCCCCCCUCCCCGGGAGACGGCGGCGGCGGCAAGGGCGACCGAGGCAAAAACAACCGGAGCAAGGCUCUUUUUCUAGGAAACUCUGCCAAACCGCUGUGGCGCCUGGAGACUUGUUACCCCCAGGGCGCCUCUUCGGGCCAGUGCUUCACGGUGGAGAGCGCGGACGCCGUGUGCGCCAGGAACUGGAGUCGGGGGGUGGCGGCCGCGGGGGAGGAGCAGCAGGUGAGGGGGACGCAUCCAACUCCGCUCUGGAACUUGUCAGAUUUUUACCUUUCGUUUUGUAAUUCCUACACACUUUGGGAAUUGUUCUCGGGGUUAUCCAAUCCCAACACUUUGAACUGUAGUCUGGAUGUGGUGCUCAAGGAGGGCGGCGAGAUGGCCACUUGCCGGCAGUGCGUCGAGGCUUACCAAGACUACGACCACCACGCUCAGGAGAAAUACGAAGAGUUUGAGAGUGUGCUCCAUAAAUAUUUACAGUCGGAGGAGUACUCGGUGAAAUCCUGUCCAGAAGACUAUCCAAUCUCUGCCAUCGUCUGCUCUGCGGUGGGAGUUGGAGCCAUCCCAUCUACUCCAAGCUCUGUGUCAGUGAGGUCCUUCACCAUUUGGGCCAGGAUAGUGGUUGCUUCGGAAGAUGAGGAGAGCAGUGGAGGAAGUGAUGGCUGCAGUCUUCUCUUAAUUCUUCUCCUGGAUGUUGCCCUGUCCUGGCCGGGUCCUCAACAGGCCUUUGACCUUCCAAAGGAGACCCUUCCGAAACUUCCUCUCCUUCCCCCUGUCAUUUUGGGUAUCGAUGGUGGGAAAAGCUAG